AUGCUUCCAGGCGGGCGGGGGAAGCGGUGGGGAAAGGGGGGGGGGGGCUGGGAGGCGGGGAAGGGCGGCCGCGGAGAUCCCCCCUCGCCGGUCCCUAGCAGGCCACUGGCCCCGGCGUGCCGCCGCGGGAGCGGGCGCUGCCCUCCAUGCCGGCUGCUGCUGCUGUUGCUGCCGCCGCCUCACCGCGACCGCCGCGGUCCUUCCCCCAUCCACCCCUCCGCCUCCGCCAGCCGCGCACAGGCGCAGGGAUACAGUCCUCCUCCUCUUCCUUCUCCUCCUCCCGCGCCGUGCCCGGCCGGCUCCCGGCGCAGCGCCCGCCCCCGGCACCGCUCCCGUCGGGGAGGGCCGGAGCGGAGGGGCGGGGGCGCUCUGCUUCCCCUCUCCCGGGCAGGAUCGCGCACACCCCAGGCAGCCCCGCAGCCGGCGGGGAGCGCGGCUCAGGAGAGCUCCCUAAGGGAGGGAGGUGAGCGGGGUUACAGCACCCCCCGAGCACAGGGAAGGGGCGAGGUGGGGGGGGGGCCGCAUUCCAGCGGGACUACUUUGCCUCCUUUCGCCCCCUCCGCCGCCUGCGAUGCGGUUCAGCCCUGGCCCGUGAGGACGGGACUACUUUCUGCCACAGAGCUGCGGCGGCGUCCGAGCGGCAGCACAAAGGCUCCGAUCCCGAUUCCGAUCCUGAUCCCGAUCCCCCUUCUGCUCCUGGAAUGGGCUGUAAUGCCGGAGUAUCGCCCGGGGGGCGGGCGGCAGCAGGCAGGGUGGCAAAAUGAAGUUAUGGUCCUUUCCCCCGGUGUGCAGACUGAAGAGCAAUAA